AUGACUUUCAGGAUCACUAGAAGUCCUGAGAACCUUGAAAUCCCUGAAGACAAGGAGCCCCGAAUCCCCUUGCCGGCGACUCCCGGUGAAAAGGUCACUGCAGAGCAGAAGUCUCUUGCAGAUGCUGUGGAGGAGGGGCACAGUCGUGGGUUGGAGAAUCGAGAAGAGUCAUUGAGCAGUUUCGGUUUCCGGGCUGUGGAGGAGCUGUUUGAUGACGGCGAGUCCACAACCACAACCGGCUCCGACAGCAUAGAGGAAUUGGAGAAAACCGAGGAACUGAGUGGAAGUGACCGAGACAAGAUCGCGGCAAACGUGCAUGAACAGAUGGAAGACAAGGCUCGGGAGGGUCGCGGCUGGCUCCGAUGGGACCAGGUGGAUGGCGCGAACAGCAGCAAUGCCACCCAGUUUGACCUCCUCUGGUCGCACGAGCACAAGGAGUGUUUGGAGCCUGAGAACAUCUGGACCCCGCUGUCUAUGCCCGACCAGAGCAGGACUGAUGAGCCCGACCACAUUAGCUGCAGGGCGCGCUGCCUGGCCGUCCGGGGCUGUGCACACUGGUCGUACUACCUUGGAGCUGGCAGCUGCUACCUGCAGAAUUCGUCAGCGACGAAGGAAUCUGGCAAGGGUGCUGUGUCCGGGAUCCCCGGAUGCCGUGACAAGGACCCGAGUAUUCACCUGGGCAUGAAUGCUCCUAGGCUCGAGAGUGCAGGCCGGUGGCCAGGCCUGGGAGCUAGGAGAACUCUUCUCAUCUGGUGUUUCUGCCUGGCACCAUCGCUGGCGCCGCAUCGUGCCCUGCCGAGGACAUGCGUGCCAAUGGUGAAGUCGCACGAGGCCAAAUUCGAUGCUUACCUGAAGCAGCUGCCGAUGAUGCGGCACGGGGCCCAGUUGGGCGCAACAUUAUUGCUACCACAAGUACUGUUUCUAACACUCCAGUUGGCCAUUUCCACUUCUAACGAACUGAUGCAGAGGAUGGGAGUGCCGACAGCGGACUCUUGGGUGAGCUUCAUUCCCUUUGACCUUCCCGGGGACCUCGACCAUCCAGGUGACAUUGCGAAGGACAAGGAGGUCAAAUGCGAGACGCUGUACGAUCACAGCGAUUCGCCUCACAUCUGCAAGCACAGCUCUCAGGUGCGUGUCCGAUGUCCGAAACUGUGCGGCGAGUGCGGCAUCGAGAAAGAUGCAGGAGAUUGCGCGGAUCUUCAGGCAGACGAGCAUCCGCUCUUCCUGCUGGACAACCAUACACUGGGCUGUGCAUCUGUGGGGUACGCCUGCAACCACGAUGAAGAAGUCACCCACAAGUGCAAGUACACGUGUGGAAAGUCCGGACAUGGCGAGAAGAAUGGGAUGCCUGUCUCGAGGCCGGAGGUGGAUCAUCUCGCCAAGAUCUUGACCCAUGCCCUCCAUUUGAUGAGCACUGCGCUCGGGCUCAACAGGCACAAGGGGCAACAGGAAGCGGGGCAGACGUGCAGCUGCAGCAUCGGGCCGUGGGGAUAUCUUGUCAUGGCGCACCUGGGAUUCCUGGCUGGCCGAUGCUCGCCGGUUCUUGCCCUUUUGGAGUCCUUGGACAAUUCUGUCAAUCGGUGGGCCAUAGCGAUCGUGACGUGUCUCAGCUCUCUUUCACCCGAUGUGCGGGAGUUCGUCCUAUGCUUUCGUGAAAUCCCGUUGUCGCUUCCCGUCGACCAGGUGUUGCGCAUGCUUGAGGCGUCGCAGCUGGUUCUGGCCAAAGCAGGGAUGACGAUAGUGGAUGAUGUGCACGGAGAGUUUCGUAUGGUGCAGAUCGACCCGAGUUCGGUUGGUUUUGCAGCACCGUUUACUAACCCUGAUGGCAAGCCACAGAUCUACAAUCUGGCAUUUGGAGAUGUGCACCUCUUCCCUGGAUUCCUCGGGGAGCCUUUCAAGCAGUUGGAUUCUGCAGCGGUCCAGAAGGGUGAAGUGCUUUAUGGGCUGGUGGAGGUGCAGGCAAGGCCAUGUGAGGAACUUUGGAGGGCAUACAACGGUUUGCCGCGCAGCGGUGCCGAUCUCAGGGCAGAGGCUCACGCGCUCUUCGACCACCGCCAGGCUGUGCUCGGCUGGGGACAGACGUCCGGUCGCUUGGCCAACCCGACCGACGAUUUGACCGUCCGAGCCCUGAUUCAUGGCGCACCAGAACGAAUUCGGACCGAUGGCAUGCAUAUUCUAGAGAACUUGGAGGAUCUGGUAAGGCAAGUCUACGCCGAUCAAACACAAGCAUCAGGAGGGGAGCCGGCAGCCGAAAGCUUGCGAUCGGCAUUGCAUGCUGCGCUGAAGAUCAAGAAGCACCAGCUGCUGCUAGAGUGGCAUCCUGACAAGAGACGGCAGCCUGAGGAAGCAAAGUUGAUGACACAGCUGCUCAUCCCACUCUUCAAUCGCCCUCCGCAGACUUUGCAAUGCCCGUGGCUGGACUGGCAGAGUAGAGAUUUUGUGGACGCGCCGGAGUGCACAGUUGCAGACAGCCUGCAGAAUUGCGUUCGUGUGCGUUUCGUUCGAUAUGGUUUUCUGAUGAUGUUGUACACCGUGGAGCUCCUGGGGCAGCUGAAGCUGCUCUUGUUCUCAGGCUCAGCAGCAGUUCUUUCUGGCACCGGAGGUGGUGCCGACUUCGUCAAGGAGCAGCUCCUCGUAAGGGAAACCUUGGAGCUCGCAUGCUUUUUGUCAAUUCGCCUGCGAGAUCUUGCCGGUUUCGAGCGGCAUGUGUCGCAGCUGAAGAUGUUCUAUGACAGACAGCAGGAGCUCCCGCCGUCUGAGCAGAAGUAUCCAAUUUUGGGCCUGUCCCUGCUGCACCUUCUGGCCUCGGACCGCCUCGGCGAGUUCCACACCGAGUUAGAGCUCAUCCCGGUGGACGAGGCAGAAAACAUGUAUAUCAAGCAACCAGUCCAGCUGGAGCGCUACUUGAUGGAAGGUAACUACGCUAAGGUGCUGGAAGCACAGAAGGACGUGCCGAAGAUGUACUAUGCCUUUUUCAUGGAGAGGCUGAUUGACACAGUCCGGCAAAAGGUGGGUGCGUCUCUGGAGCGUUCCUACGAGACUCUCCCUGCUCAGCAGGCGGCGCAGAUGCUCAUCCUAGCAGAUGUGCCUGCGUUGCAGGAAUUCGCAGUGAAAGAAAACGAGCGCAAGGCCCGAGAGGAGUCGGACGAUCCGAUGGGCGACCUGACUCCCUCCCUGACGCGAAGGGCGCCAGUGGGGCUCGUGAAGUGGGAGGUGAGAGAUGGCCGCCUCCACUUUAUCCGGUCCGAGCAGAAAAGGCUGGAGCUGCCAGCAGUGGACCUCAUGGUCAACACCAUCGGUUAUGCCACCGACCUUGAACGCAUUGUGUGA